UUGCAUUUCUGUGCGACAAGAUGAGCGGAAGAAAAAUAGUUCCAAUGCCAUGCAACGAUUCGCUCAUAUAAUUAUUUUUUCCACUUCGAAGCUUAUCAGAUGCAUUAAUAUUCAUGUUAUCUAAAUAAUGAGAUCACUAGUUCAGAAUCUAUAUUUUUAUGUGAGGAUCUAUUCUUGAUACCACAUCAGUAUCGGAAGUAUCUAUACUUUAGUCUCUAUCCGCCCAUUCCUAGUUUCGGUUUCGUGCUCGCUGUCAGGACGUAAUUCUACGGGGCGCGGUGCCGUCUUUAAAACGUCUGCUGUAGCACAUUUGAUAGCAGUACAAACCUUGACUUGUGGAGAAAAAGGCUGCUUGUGUCUUUCGGUUGUUCUCACUGUUGUUUAAUUUAAACUCUUUGAAAUAAUGUCGAGUGUACUAGUCACCGUUAUUGGGGUUACAGCUGGGGCUGCUGGUGCAGUUGUGUUGGCUCCAUGGGCGCUCACCGCAGCUGGAUUCACCUCCGCCGGUAUCGCAGCAAGUUCUCUUGGGGCCAGCAUGAUGUCAUCAGCAGCCAUAGCCAAUGGGGGUGGUGUGGCUGCAGGAAGUUUGGUCGCUGCCCUCCAGUCAGCAGGUGCUGCUGGGUUGUCUACAGCGGCUACAGCAGGUGUGGCAUCUGUGGGUGGAGCCACAGGUGCAGUAUUAGGUGGAGCAGUUAAUUUUUUGAAAAGGUGGAGAAAAUAAGGAAUUUACUGGAGUCCAAAGAGCAUCUGUUGAAAAUGAAGACAAAGUCUGCACAGUCAACUGUUAUAAAAGGAGUUUGGCAGCACCUUAAUGUCAUGAUAAAAUGUGCACAUCCUAUAAGGAUCACAAGUGUGUUUAAAUAUAAAAGCAAUGUAUUUUGUAUUUCCUGUCACGAGGUUCUUUUAGAUUGUGAUAAUGUGACUGUCACUCAUGUCGAAGUUAAAUAAAAAAGUUCAAAUCUUAAGUGUAGAUGUUUUCCCCCUCCAGUUUCAUGAAUGAGUGCAGGUAAGACACCUUAGAAUUAUACCUGAAAAGAUAUAUUCAAGUGCUCAUGGAAGAGCUGUGUUUUCAUUUGUCAUUAGAGUUUAAAAUAAAUGUAUGUAGCCACAACUCUGACAAAUAAACAGAGCGCUUGCUCCAGUCCUUAUUUAUCGAACACGUACAUUUUGUCUGUGUUGGCUCUGUCUUACACAAGUGAAGCCACUCAAACUGUAACAGUGAUUUUACCAGUUUUUUUGCUUUUGUUUGUUUGUUUUUUGGCACCCCUUAGUAUUGGUAAAAUCACUUGAAAUUACAGCCUUGAGUGACGUAUUGCUUUAAUGAUUUAUCACCUUCUAGAAUGCUUUACUGAGUAGGGAGUCAUUGGUCCCUAUCCCUAAAGCUCACCCCUACACCUAACCAUAACCAUACUAAGGAGUCAGAAAUCAGCACAACACCAGUCCUCAAAUUUGAUUGGCCAAGCGGUGUUCCAAGAUUGCUUAGUAUAACACCGCUGGGAUGCAUCAUUGUUUGUAUCACUCUGCUUGUGUGUGUUCACGGCUUUGCAAAUAUUGGUGGGGACAUUCAUUCUUUUGUUCAUAUUGACUGAUUUGUUUUAUAACCAUUUUGGCAGAUUAUAUCUUUAUGCCAGUAGGUUGUGAAAUAUAAGCAUCUUGAAUGUUAUGAAUGAGUAAUUGAAUCAUUGAGCCCAUCAGUAUGCAAACCAAUAUGCUGCUAACUUCCAUUAUUUAAAAGAUUUGACAAAGAAAACCAUGUUUACAUGAGAUUUGAAAUAAUCGAGUUAUUCUCUGCUUUUGAUGUCAAACCGUGAAGAGGCAUGCACACAACAUGUGUGUCUUUUUCACCCCUGCCCCUCACACCCCAGGACCCCGUGCAGCAGCCAACCCUGCACUCCCUAGUUACGCCACUGAUUCAAUAUUAUUUACUUGUUUAAAUGUUGUAUAAAAGUAGUAUUACACUCGCAAUUAAAUCAACUUAAAAUAAUGUGUCAUUUUCUCUCCCAUUCAGCAUUAUGUCUGAUUUCAUGUUCGUUAUGCAUUUAUUUUUAAUAAAAUUAAUUUCAUUUACAUUUA